UGGCAGAGAAGGGUGGAGGACACUGAAUGGAGACCACUGGAGGGAUUGGCAGAGAGGGAUGGAGGACACUGAGUGGAAGCCAGUGGAGGGAUUGGCAGAGAGGGGUGGAGGGCACUGAGUGGAGUCCAGUACAGGGAUUGGCAGAGAGCAGUGGAGGGCACUGAGUAGAGAGGCCAGUAGAGGGAUUGGCAAAGAGAAGGGAGGCCAGUGGGAUUGGCAGAGAAGGGUGGAGGACACUGAAUGGAGACCACUGGAGGGUUUGGCAGAGAGAGGUGGCAUAUACAGAAUGGUUAGUAAGCGAUUGGAUUUGGGGCUGAAAGGACAGAUGGGAGUCCA